AUGUUUAAUGAGUUACGCUUAUAUCAAGAUGAUAAAUUUGAUGUCAUAAACUCUUCUAUUUCUACACUAAUUGAGCAAAACAAAGAGAUCCAAAUAUCUGUAUAUUUUAUGUCCGAACAAUAUGAUACAUUAGUUCAUAAAUUGAACUCAAUUGAAAAAGAAAAACAGCAAUAUAAGUCGCAAAUUAAGUCGCUGGAAUCCAAAAUAGAUGUACUGGAGAAGGGUUUAGGAUCCACAACUGUGGAAAUACGGAACACACAAAUCUUGGAACAAGAAAACAAACAGAGGUUGACCACCACUAUUAAAAAUAUAUGCUCAGCUGUCGAUUCGAAUCCUUUGCUUCAAGAUUUGGAAGUUCGUGAUGUCUUUGGAACCAAAACUAAUACAAUUAUGGUCGAUUUCACAACUACCACAAGGAAGGAAAACUUCAUUUCGAAAUAUAGGGAAUUUAAUAAGUUGAAAAGAACAAAAAAAGAACCACAACUCAAUACUCAAAUUAUUAAUAUACCUGGACCUUCCAAAACUAUAUUUAUAUCGGAAUCCCUUACGAAGAAAUAUCGACGCAUCCAUUAUUUGGCAAGACAGCUUUUUAAAGAUCGCAAACUUGUUGCCACUUGGAUGUUCUUCGGAAAGGUGUAUGCCAAAAAAGAAGAAGGAAACCCCCCAAUCCAAAUCAAAGAAGAAUCAGACAUUCAUUUACUUUUUUUAUAA